AUGCGGGAAAACGUUCCUUCCCUCAAAAGGAGGGCAAAGUGGUACAACCAGUCAGACGUUAAGUUGAAAGCCGACGACUUGGUCUGGGUCACAGAGCCUGACACUCCACUCGCACGUAUCCUAAGACUGCACUAUGGUAAGGACGGAUGCGCGAGAUCCGCCGACAUAAAGACCAUUACGAGCGAAUUGACCCGCCCGACCCUGUCCAUCUACACAGUGCUGAUCGUGAUAGCUGGCGCUUCGUGUGUGUUCGGAAUCAUAAGCUGUCACACUGCACCCAACAAUGCCACGGCCAAACUGGGAUGGGUAAUCCAGCGAAUGGCCAUAGUGGUCAUAACAGUCGCGUUCAUGCUCAACUUCUACACCCGAGUCGUGAUUCGGAUGCGCGAGUCCAAACGAAAGUUGAAGGUUGAAAUCACGUAUGAGAAGCGCAACUCGGCCAAUCAGACUGAGAUGGCGCCCAUACCCAAUGUAACACUGGCUAGUGAGGACAUACACGCCACUCAUGAAGAAAGAGCUCCCAUACUCUCAGGCCCAUCAUCCAGACGAAGCUCACAGCAGGUGGCGCGAACCCUUGCUGAAGACCUGGUAGCCGAAAGCGACGGUUUGGAGCACAGGGCCGAAGGCUCUAGCAAACGGGUCAGUCUGGUCACUGAAACAGCUGCGGUGAUUCAAAAUCCAGAGCCCAUUCAAGAGAUGAAAGAAGUAAGGGGAAUGGAGUCCACUUUGAGACUGCAUCGAGAGAAUAAGUCGGCCUCCAGUUUGACUACAAUGGAUGGGGGAAUCAUCGUUGAGGAGGAAGAAGAGAAAACAGGGAGCACCUGUAAACCAGAUUCGCUGUCGGCUGGCAACUCAAAAGGGCUGGAUUGGGGCAAAUGCACUAAAUUCGGACCUAUUCAAGCUGCUAGGAACUUGAUCAACAGGUUCAGUAAUCUCAACUAUGAGAAGAAGUUGACCGUUCUGUUCAUAUGUGUGGGGGUGGCGUUCACCCUCCUCACCAUUCCCGACGUCAUCCUGCAGACGAUGGACACACUGCACUCGGAAACAGACUCCUGGAGGGCAACAUUCAACACCCUGCAACCUAUUCUGCAGACAGUGUUCUGCUGCAACUUCACUAUCAACCCAUUUAUAUACUACACUAUGAAUAGCUACUUCAGAACUAGGGUGAUGAACCUGAUCAACUUCAGGUGCUCCAAUUGGAACAACAGCGACUGAACUAUUUCCUGCUAAUCAGAAUUCUGAGAUGAAAACCUGGAAAAAAUGGAAUGAAGUGUGAACGAAAUCGAAAGAAAAUGUCAAAAGACAUCUCAAAAGUACCUGAAAAGUAAACUGAGUAAAACUUCAAAACUGUAAGUCAGAAGGUAGGACGUCUGAACGUCUGAAGAAAAUUAAUUAAAAAGUGCUCAAAAUCUGUGGAAAAACGAACCAUAAAAGUUUAGCACGACUUGAGUUUUACUUGG